AUGCACGUGCACGUGCACGACGCCUGCGUAACCGCGUACACUCAGGGCCCGCCUCCCGGGGUGCGCCCACCCCGCCCUCACUGGCCUCCCGCGGCUGCAGCGGCGGGACCCCGCCCCCCGGGGGGCGGGCUCAGGGGCUGGGCAUGCGCGGUCCCCACGGCGCUCCCGGAAGUGCCGGCCGCACGCCCCUCGGAGGAGGGCGGGCCCUCGGGGUCAGGCUGCGGCCGUAGCCAACGGGGCCUCCGCCGGCAGCCGCGGCUACACCACGGGGCGGCGGGGAGGCGCGGCGGAGGCGGCGGAGGCCGCGGGCUGUCCGGGAGCGGCGGCGGCAUGCCGAAUCGGGAGGUGCCAGUCCGUCGCUCUCCAGGACCAGGCCUCCGCCUCUGGAAGGGGCACACUGUCAUGAGGCCCUCUGGGUGUUUCAGUGACUGAUGGGCUGCGGGCUGUAUGUGAGACACAGGGGCACGACUCCCUCUCCCAG